CGCAUCGUUUCGGUUUCGGACCGAACCGAGAAUUGGGUGACCGAAACUUGGGUAGUACUGAUUGUUUGGUCGGCUACAGUUUUGAAAAUUCCCCUACCGACAAGAUUCGGUUCGGCAUCGGUAGAGGCAAGAGUGGAUCGGUUUACUACCGAAUCCAGCCCUUAGUAGUAGUAGGAUGAUUUAGCAUCAUGCUAUAUUGCGGUUCACAUGUGAAGUUAAGUUAUUCUUGAUUAAUAAAGAUCAUUCUUAUCUUGCGCAUCCCUAACUACUUAUCCAAAUAAAACUUCUAGGUGCAUUUGAGAGAUCAAGACCUCAAGGAAGGAAAUUGAUAGCAUGGACAACCAAAAUGCAGCUUACCAUCCAUGUCUAAAGCCAGCUGUUGUUGUAACUGGAACAGCAAAUGAAGGUACUGCUGGACCAGCUAUUGGUCAUGUUGACAUUGGCGUGAGUGUUGCUGCCUACUUAUUUCGAGUUGCAGUUCCUGGUCUUCGGAGGAAACAAAGUGAAGUGAAAUGUAUCAUCGAAAGUAAUGGGAAGGUUCAUAUCGAAGGAAUCAUGACAGAGACUGGACUUGUUUUAAACUCAUCAACUGUCUACCAGAUGAAAGUCCAGCAACUAUGCAAAGCUGGGCCAUUUACCAUCUCUUUUAAUCUUCCUGGACCUGUUGAUACUCGGCUGUUUUCUCCUGUUUUUCGGCCAGAUGGAAUCCUUGAAGUGGUGGUUAUGAAAUCAAAAACAUCUCAGGAAACUCUCAAGUUCCCUCUUGAUGGCAACGAGUCUUCCCCUAUAAAGUAUCCCCAAGUAACCGUCUGAUGUUUCCUCUUAAGGGAAUUGUUCUGCAUGAAGUGGUGGCAGUGAAAUCCAAAAUGUCUUGCAAAUUCCUCAAGUUCCCUUUUAAUGGCAAAAGGUCUCCCCCCUAUCAAGUAUCCACAGCUAAGCGUCUGAUGUUUCUGUUAAGUGAACUUUUCCAAACUUCAAAUACGGCAUACUUCUUUGUUUGUGAGGUUACAUAAUGCAUAAAAAUACACGUAUGCCUUGUCUUUUUAUUUCAGCAGAACAGAAUGUGUUCCACACCUUUAACUAGAAGAGGAUUUCCCAUUUUCUCAACAGCUUCAGAUGUUUUUUUUAUCGACAAUGAAGAUCAAGUUGCUUAUGGAUUCUUUUGAAGAUUUAAUUGAAAGUUCAUGAAAUGAUAAACCAGGUCAAGCUCUUGGCACGGUGAACUUCAGACUCGGACAAAGCAUCGAUGCAAAGGGUCACACAGAGUGCCCCCUCUUGUUGAUUGACCAUACUUUGCUUCAAGUCAGUCACCCCACUGUUUCCAGUGGGAGCUACAUAACGCUAGUUGGAGGAAAAUUCAACAAAACUGGGGAGCACAAGUAUCUUGCUUCCUACUGUAAUUUGUCAUUUGUGUUUCUGAAGGUGAAAGACGAACUCAGUUAUGUUGAUUAAUUUAUGGUGAUCAUGAUAUGUCUUUAAA